GAAUUUCUCGGAUUGCAGUAUCAGUGCUAUAUCAUUUUAGUCGUAGAAUCUUCUUAUAAUCGUUAUCGUUAUGUAUCGGUUCCGUAGUAUAUUUCCCAAUAAACAAUGCUCCGUUAUUGGUAUGGUGCAUGUCGGUGCUUUGCCAGGAACACCACGAUACGGUGGAUCAGUUAAAGAAAUUAUAUCAAAUGCUGUAAAAGAUGCUGAGUCUUAUAUAGAGUGCGGUGUCGAUGGUAUUAUGGUUGAGAAUAUGCAUGACAUACCUUACGUUCGGUCAAAAGAUUUAUUACCGGAAACUACAGCCAUUAUGACCCGAGUCUGCACGGAAAUUAGAAAAGUUGUUUUAAAUUGUACAGCCUGUGGCGUUCAGGUUAUAAACCUAAUUGUUAUAUUGCAUAAAUUUGAUAUCGUUAAAAAAUUUGACAUUAGUUAUCAUCAGGUUCUAGCAGGAGCAAACAAAGAGGCUCUCGCUGUCGCACAGGCUGCUAAUUUUCAAUUUAUUCGAGCAGAAGGAUACGUGUUUUCUCAUAUAGCAGAUGAAGGAUUUACGGAUUCUUGUGCAGGAACUUUACUCAGAUACAGAAAGCAAAUUGGGGCAGAGGAUGUUCUUGUUUUUGCUGAUGUAAAGAAAAAGCAUAGUGCCCACGCCAUUACUGCAGAUGUUAGUUUGGUAGAGACGUCAAAAGCUGCUGAAUUCUUUCUCGCCGAUGGCGUUAUUCUUACAGGAUCUGCUACAGGGGACCCUGCGGAUGCGGGACAACUUGAAGAAUUGAAAGAGUCAACAAGAGGUCCUAUUCUCGUGGGUUCUGGAGUGUCUUAUGAUAAUUUGGAAAAAUAUACUUCAGCAAACGCUAUUAUCGUUGGAACGAAUUUUAAAGUCGAUGGACGUUGGGAAAAUGCCGUUGAUUCUAAGAGAGUUGAAAGAUUUAUGAAAAAAUUAAAAACACUGGAAAAAUGAAUAUAUGUUUAUUUAUAGACUUAUUUAAGUGCAUCAGUCAUAUAAAUUGUACCACUCACAUAAUACCUUCUUAAAAAAUGGUGUAAUAUAUACGAAAGUUUAUUAAAGACAUUGAUUAUGAAAA